UAUCGGAGUGUAAAUCCCUGGAAAAAAACAGAGGAAGAAGCGGUUGGCGGCGUAGCAACAAAACAUCGUCCUUAAUGGAUAUCUGGGAUGUAAAGGACGAUGAGUUUGAUGACUGGCUCAUUGAGUCGCUGAAAACGUACAAGGAUCUGUAUGUCUACCAGCUGGACCAUCCCACGAGAGUCCUAGAGUGGACCUCAGGAAAAACUAUCUGUGUAGCAGGAUUCGGACCAGAUCGAAAUGAAAUUUUGGAACUGCACUUACCACCAAAGCUCUUUGCUGACGAAAAUAAGGGUCUCUGUGCAGAACGGGAUUUUAAAGUAGUGCAUGGUGGUUUCACCGACGGCCCCGUUCACUGUCUCCGACACAUUCAAGGAACACGGUGUGUGGUAACUAACAAUGGGCGGAGCUCCAGUCUACAGGUGUGGGAUGUCGGGGACGAUGAGAGCGACGUGUUCAGGAGAACCAGCAGCAUCGAGGGGGCCGCCCCUCUUGCAGGGCAGGCAGCAGGGGAGCGGGGGAGCCAGGUGGCAGCCGGCCCGUCCCCACAGCCCUGCGUCCUCCACGGGGCCCUGCUGGGCCACGUCCAGCUCAGCCAGCUGGCCUCCGGGGACGCCUGCUACACGCUAGAGACGGAUUCCUCGGAGCCUCUGAGCGCCCUGCAGUUCGUCAGCCCCUGGGUGUUCCUGGCCUGCUGCCGCAACGGGAACCUCUUCGCCGUGGACACGCGCAGCCCCUCCCUCCCCCCGCCCACACCAGUACCGCCCCCGCCGGAGGACUCCACGGACCCCGUCCACUGGGGCAUGCACGCCACCGCCGGCACCGACGUGGCCGGCUGCCGGGUGGCGAGGCUCUCGUCGGGGGCGGAGGUGGUGGUGUCGGACCUGAGGAACCCGGGCGGCCCCGCGCGCAGAGCCCUGCUGGACGUCCCGGCCGACGGGUCGGCCGGGGACCACCUCAGGGUGUCCUGGGCCCCGGCGCUGGAGGACUGCCUGGCGGUGUCGGGGUUUGACGGCGGUGUGCAGGUCUUCAGCGUGUCCACGUGGGGUCCGGAGGCGAGGGAACAGCGGGCUCUGUUCCAACACCGAGGGCACUCCGUCCUGCCGUCGGAGCGCUCCGCUCCGGUCCGCACCACCGCCCACGCCUGGCACCCAGACCGCCCGCGCACCCUCCUCUCGGCCGCCACGGACGGCUCGGUCCACGUCUGGGACUGGGUCCACCCAGGGGCCGCCCAGGACUGAAGGGGAAAGACGGAGAACAGCAAAUGGACUGGAACUGCAACUUGAAACACCCCCUCAACACAGUGAACUGCCAAACAAAGGAGCGUGUUUGGCUUGGAGGUCUGUCGUCAGCUGUGGCCUUCAGCUGUCAGACAAAUACUGCCGGACCGGAGAGGAACUGUCGGCUGGUGAUGACAGAUAAAUCGGCUUAUACCAUUAAGUAGUUUACAUUAAAUACAGACCUACAAAAAAAAAGGAGUCAGUGUCCGUGCUCUACUUGAUCUGGUUCCUCAUUAUUGAACGUGAUUAUGGGAAGGACUGCACACCCACUGCUGUGCCCACUCGCAGGGCGUUGAUGGUUCAAACGCUGUGGGGAAUUAUGAGAUGAGGUUCUGGAGUUGGUGUCUGGCUGCACUGUAUUGGAGGUAGCUGAGGUUCGAUGUAACUCCAACAUCCUUAUAUCAGCACUAUGUUUGUUGUAACAUACGUACUAUAUCUUUAGUACAGAGUAUGCACAGAGCAAUCCAACCUUUAAUAAAUGAAAAAUUAAAUUAACAUUUAAAUAGUA